UGAGGAAUGUAAUUAUGAUGCUUUAUACAAAAAAGGUCUACAAAUCAGAUAGUAGGAACAAAAUUUAGGUGUUGCAAUGUUGCAAUACAUUUAUAUAGCAUAAAUAAUAAAUAAAGCAUAAAUCAUUGUCAAAUUGUGUCCAAUUAACUUGGUUUGAUUCUAAAAAUACGUAGUAUAUAGUUCUAUGUCCACGGAAUAUUGGGACACCCUGUAUAAUUAAAAUUAUAGAUAAAUAUAUUGGUAGGUAUAAUUAUUCCUAGAAAAUAUUGUUUUUAUCAAUGCAAUACAUAAAAUAAUGGAUUCUAUACUUUUUAUCAAAAUAAUUUUUUUGUGAAUUUAAAAAUUACUUUAAAUAAAUAUUCCUUAUCACGAGUAUAAGACAUAUAAAUGUAUCUAUGUUGGUUGAAUGUCAGCCUUUGUAAUGUGUAUUAUUAUUGUUAAAAAAUGAGACACUUUAUUAUGUGUGUUGGAGUGGUAAUAUUUUUUACAUUUAUUUCGCUAGGCUUUUCACAACAACAGGAAUGUGCAGAUCCGAAUGCCGAAGUAAGAUUUGACCAUCCUAGAUGUGUAGUGACUUGCAAACAAAGAAAUCUAUUGAAAAACCCAAGUUUCUGUUUCCAGCCCGAUAUUGGUAGAUACAUGGUCCAGCGAUGUUUCUGUAAGCAAAACUACUAUUUAAACGAAGCAACCAACAGAUGCGUCGAUGCUGUCCAAUGUCCGUGCAAUGCCACGAACGGUGAAGUUUCCAGAUAUCACAACGAAUGCGGGAAUAACUGCGUAACUUUUCAUACUGACUGCAAACCACUGUUAGUAGGCGGUUGUUGGUGCGAUAAUAUAUCAUGUAGGACACCACAAGGAGCCUGCGUUCUUAAGGAAAUGUAUUAUAGUACAGUAUAAUCAAGAAUAAGUACCAGAUUUAACUGUAUUUUAAAUAAAAUUAUUUUUUACAUACUAAAUAAAU